AUGCAGCUUCUACGGAGGACGUGCGGCCCCCUACCAGUGUCCGUGUCCGCGCUGGCGCUGUCGGCGGGAAGGAGGACGUCGCUGUCGUUGCCCCGAGCCGCCGCUGUAGCUCGCACCGAUGAGGUUGCUGCGAGAACCCCGGCAUGGGUACCCGGAGGGGUUUUGAGGAGAGGGGGAGGCUCGUUUCGUGGUGGCGGCGGGUUGUUUGCGGAACUACAGUCCGGCGAAGAGGAGGUACCGCUGGUGCAGGCCAUCUGCGACGAGCUGGUUGCCGUCACGGACCCAGAGGGGGAGGCGCGGAUGGGAUCUGACAGUCCCGUCAUAUCGAAGGUACUAAGACUAAUGGACAAGUUGCAACCACGAGACCUGGGACUGUCAGAGCGGGAUUUACAGGGGCUGACGCAAUCGCUGUGCAUGCCGGUUUUCGGCGGGCCGGAGGCGUGCUUCGAGAUGACCGUCUUCGUGCUGCCCAAGGGCGGCGAGAUUCCUCUGCAUGAUCACCCCAAUAUGGCCGUCCUGUCGAGGAUCUUAUUCGGCACCCUGGACGUCACCUCGUACGAUAUGGAGGAAGAGGAAGAGGAAGAGGAAGAGGCGGAGGAAGAACAGGGCAGCAGACGAGAGGGGGGCACCUUCGCAGAUGCCGAGCUAAGACGGAAAGAAGCACAGCGGGUUGUCUUCGCACAACGGCGGCAACAGCAGGAGGGCGGCAGAGUGACAGCGGCGACCCCUUCCUUCUUGCUGACUCCGUCAGAGGGCAACGUACACUCGUUCAGGGCUCCUACCGCGUGUGCGGUGUUCGAUGUCUUGAUACCUCCCUACGACAGCUCCAGAGGAAGAAAAUGCUCCUACUUUCGAGCGGAAACCCCGCUGACAUCCCGGAACGGAGGCACGGCAGUGGUAGCAGCACGAACCGCUGGCGCCGACGAUGGUGGUGUUGAGGGGGAAAGAGAAGGCGGUCCUAGCGCCAAUGAUGAGACGGCGGCGGCGGCGGCGGCGGCGGCGGCGGCGGAGCGAAGACAGGAGCGGGUGGUUUUGCGAGAAGUCCCGGAGCCGGAAGGCUUGCCACGGUGGAGCCGCUACUACGGACCGAGCGUGACCCUCCGCUAA